CAUCACAAAGUGAAACAAGAAAGAGUUAGCUUGAACCACACGUUCUUCUUCCUAUAAAGAAACUUAUUUUCUUCAAAUCCACAAGACAAAAACUGUUUUGGUUAAGAGAAUGGAAAUAAUGAAGUCGAGAUUCAAGAGGGUUUGUGUGUUCUGUGGAAGCAGCAGUGGAAACAGAGAGUGUUACAGAGAUGCUGCCAUUGAUCUAGCUCAAGAGCUGAUUACGAAGAGAUUGAAUCUUGUGUAUGGGGGAGGAAGCAUUGGUCUCAUGGGUUUGGUCUCACAAGCUGUUCAUGAAGCAGGAUGUCAUGUGCUAGGGAUCAUACCAAGGACUCUUAUGGACAAAGAGAUCACUGGAGAAACAUAUGGUGAGGUAAGAGCUGUGGCAGAUAUGCAUCAAAGGAAAGCUGAAAUGGCAAGCCACUCCGAUUGUUUCAUCGCAUUACCAGGUGGGUAUGGAACACUGGAGGAGUUGUUGGAAGUAAUAACAUGGGCACAACUUGGAAUCCACGACAAGCCUGUGGGUUUGUUAAAUGUGGAUGGUUAUUACGAUUACCUCCUCACCUUCAUUGAUAAAGCCGUUGAUGAUGGCUUUAUCAAGCCAUCUCAGCGUCACAUCUUUGUCUCUGCCCCUAAUGCCAAAGAACUUGUUCAAAAACUUGAGGCAUAUGAGCCUGUGAGUGAUGGAACAAUAGCAAAAUCAAAGUGGGAAGCUGAGAAGAAAGUGCAACAGCCGCAACAACAACAACAAGUAGUGUUCUGUUCUAACACAAGCAUCCAGACUGAGAUUGCUCUUUAGACUUUUAGAGGGUCUUUGUCGAAAGAGUAUUCAAGGUCCAUGGAUAAAAGUCAGUGGGAAUUAUAAAGUUUGUUGUACUACAUAUUAUUUUGCUUCUAUCAACUAAACUUCUAAUUUAGAUUAAGAAAAUGCUGCUACAAAAUUCCAAUAUUCAGAAGAUUAAAAGUUGCAGAUUGCCCUUAAUUCAAUCAAUGAAAAUUUUUCUUCAGAGGAUUUAUAUAGUUUAUGUUAGUCAAACCUUCACUUGGAAUCAGAACUUGCAUCUACACCUGAGUUUUUUAUCUCUUGAUUUUUUGUCUGUUCUUAUGUUUAGGAAGAAAGAAGAAAUGAAAGAACUUAGCAUAUGAAAUAUUCUUCCUGAAUUAGUUUAUGUGUAAGCUAGCAUUCACAUCUCCUAUAUUGUACAAAACUUUGUGGGCACAAUGACCUAUUAGAUGUUAAGAACUGAGACUCUGUAUUUGAUUAAAGAUUUAGAGAGUGACUCAAUUCCAUCGUCAAGAUCUUGAAUGCAUGUCUCUAAGAUCUCCACAUCCUCCAUCUUCAAGGACUUUGAAGAUUGGAAUUGCGAAUCCACUUUUGUGAAUUCAUUUGCUUCAGCUUAACAUGUAGCUUUGUUCUGGCUCAUCAGCUUUGAGACCAAUAACCAUUUUCCAAAACCCUCCGAUCAGGACAUGAAGCUAAACAUAGAUUCAAAUACACACAAUUGUUGUGGCUUCUAUUUAUCCAAACAUAACCAAAGCCAGAAGCACUUAAAGACAAAAUCGAACAAGGAGUGCGACAGCUCGACGGCCAGCUUGCGCCCUUGCUCAAGGAAGAAAUGUGUUGACCCGGUCAGCGAGUAUGGGUGAAGCAGUCUGACCAGUAUUUAAUGAUGGGACGAGCGACUCAAAAA